AUGCAGCCGCGCCGCAAGCCGACGCCGACGGCGACCCCGCUCCCCGCCCAGCUCCGCAUCGCCUUCGUGCACCCGGACCUGGGCAUCGGCGGCGCGGAGCGGCUCAUCGUCGACGCGGCCGUGGGCCUGCAGAAGCGCGGCCACGGCGUCGUGCUCUACACGGCGCACCACGACGCCGGCCACUGCUUCGAGGAGACGCGCGACGGCACGCUCGCCGUCGUCUGCGUCGGCGACUGGCUGCCGAAGCGCGUGCUCGGGCGCUGCUACGCGGCCUGCGCCUACCUGCGCAUGUGCUACGCGGCUUUGUACAUAGCGGCGACGCGGCGGCGCGCGUACGACGUGAUAAUCGUCGACCAGGUGUCCAUCUGUCUCCCGUUGCUGCGCCUCGCGGCGCCCAAGGGGACGCUCUUCUACUGCCACUACCCCGACAAGCUCCUCUGCGCGUCGCGGGAGUCGCGGCUCAAGCGGCUCUACCGGCUGCCGCUCGACUGGGCCGAGGAGACGACGACGGGCUGCGCCGACGCGGUCGUCGUCAACUCGAAAUUCACGGCCGCGACCUUCCGCGCGGCCUUUUCGCGCCUCGCGAAGCGCGGCGUCGAGCCCGCCGUGCUCUACCCGGCCCUGAACCUCGAGGACCAGGACGCGGCCGCGGCCGCCGCGCCGCCCUGGACGGCGCCCGCCGGCGGACGACGCGCGUCGCCCGGAGCGUCCUCGCCCCUCUUCGUGCUCCUCUCCAUCAACCGCUUCGAGCGGAAGAAGUGCGUCGGCCUCGCGCUCGAGGCCGUCGCGAAGCUCCCGGAGCCCGUCCGGCGCCGGGUCCUGCUCGUCGUCGCCGGCGGCUACGACGCGGACCUCCCGGAGAACGUCGAGCACGCCGCGGAGCUGGAGGCGCUGGCGAAGCGGCUCGGCAUCGCGGACCGCGUGCUCCAGAAGCGGUCCGUGCCCGCGGCGGAGAAGGCCGCGCUCCUCCGCCGCGCGGACGUCCUCCUGUACACGCCGGACAAGGAGCACUUCGGCAUCGUGCCUCUCGAGGCCAUGUACGCGGGGACGCCGGUGCUCGCCGUCGACUCCGGCGGGCCCCUCGAGUCCGUCGUGAGCGGCGAGACGGGCUUCCUCCGGCCCCAGGACCCGCAGGCCUGGGCCGACGCCAUCGAGGCGCUCUUGAGCGACGACGACCGGCGCAAGGCCAUGGGCGCGCGCGGCCGGAAGCGCGUCCAGGAGAAGUUCUCCCUCGAGGCCUUCGCCGCGAACCUCGACGCCAUCUGCCGGGACCUCGCCAAGGGGUGA